AAUAAUUAAAAGACUGAUUUUGUUAUUUACUCUCUUCUUCUUUAUGGUCAAUUUUCCUCGUUUCCCCCCAUUUCUACUCCGAUGAAUAAGAUGAAAAAAACAACGGAUUCCGCCGGUGUUAUGCCACGGCCAGAUUCAACAUUGAACACCGGAGUAGUCCGAACAGAAUCUCAACAGCCGGAAUCGCAACCAAGAUAUUCCCCGGAAUUGAUCAUUGCCAAUCUCAGCAAACUCUCGGAUGGUCUCUUUGCGUUCCAGCGAUGCUUGACUGACCUAGAACAACACAUUGAAUCUGCACGGACCUCAAUUGACUCCGCUAUGCUACUACUGUUCACUCCGCCACCAGUGACACUCCCAACCCCAGUGCCAGAGCCAAAACCAGAUCCAAAGCCAAAACCAGAGAUAGAGCCAGAACAAUCUUUCGAGUCUGACCCCUCUGAAUAUGAGGAGGAGGAGGAGGAGGAGGAGGUGGUGGAGAAGGAUGAGGUAGAGAAGGAGGAGGAGGAGGAGGAGGAAGAAGAAGAAGAAGAUGAUGAUGAUGAUGAGGAGGAGGAGGAGGAGGAGGAGAAGGGGAAGGAGAAGGAGGAGGAAUUGAAAUCGUCUUCUCGUUCAGAGCUGGAAAUCCUGUGCAAAACGAUGGACUUUGUUGGUCUGAAGAGGUACAUCGUGAGGCAUAUGCCAGAUAAAGAUGGAUUGCUUAAACAACUUCCUAAGGCAUUGAAACUGUCGCGCAAUCCAGCAAGGCUUGUUGUGCAGUGUAUCAACAAAGGGAGCAAGAGGCAUGUCAAUAGCUCAAGGGGACGGGCUUCUUUAUUGGCUAUGGAAUGCCUCUUGUUGAUGAUGGGAGAAAGGAGAGUAGUUGCGAUUGAUAAACGGACGAAAAAUGAGGCAGAGCGGGCAGCUUUAGCAUGGCGGGCGAGGCUGAUAGCCGAAGGAGGUAUAGGAAAGGCUAAUGAAAGGGAUGCCCAGGGUUUGCUGUUGCUCAUCGGGUGUUUUGGGAUUCCACAAGGAUUUAUGGAUCGGGAUAUCAGAUUUUUGUUCAAGGCAGGUGGCGCCAUGGGGAUUUUUGGUGCCCUUAGGAGAUCAAGAGUUCUCAUGGAAAAGAUUCCACAAAUAAUACAGUGGAUGUUGAAUAACUCUUUAGUUGUUGGGGCCAUUGACAUUGCCUAUACUUUUGGAAUGGGGGAUAGAUAUAACCCUCGUAAAAUCUUGACAUCAUUUUUACAUAACUCUGAAGUGUUAUAUUUGAACAAUACUAAGGGACUUGAACAUCAAAGUAUUGCUAUGCGUGCAGGUAAAAAGAAGCACUUGUCUGAUCUGGAAUCUGUCGGGGAAUGUUUGGAACGUCACAAGAUUGAUCCUUCGAAACUCCUUCCUGGUUGGCAAAUCGAUGUGAGAAUAAUGAACUUGGAGAAAGAUAUUGCUGAUUUGAAUAUGCAUAUAGGUGAGGAAGAAGUUGCCGAAUUGACUAGGCAUAUAGGUGAUCAAAAGAUUACACAAAAGAGAAAACUUGGUGAGACUGAGUCCUCUGGUAGUUUCAGCAACAAAGAAAUGAAACCCUCGCUUUUUCCAAAUCCAAAUCCAUGGCCUCCACAACAACAUAGAGUUGUUAAUCAUGUUGAUGACAGCAACAGCACCUUGUUAGAACGCAGUGGAACUGCCAGCCAAAUUUAUGGUUAUUCUCUGGCCCCGUCGGUAUUGCAUCAAACUGUUGCAGGCUCAAUACAUCAAAAUGCUGUUGGCUCACUGGCAGGACCUGUGGGAGGUGUUGUGGCCAUGGAUGGAGCUGGAGCAGGUAAUUUAGUGAAAGGAGGUUCAUGUGUUGGAGUUCAUGGAGGGACUCUAGUUGAUCAUACACCUAGUCAAAUAGGAAGUCAUACUGGUCAGUUAUAUGGACCCCCUGGUGAUGCACACACCUAUGCUUAUAGGUCGCCAUCCUACUUUGAAGCAUCGGGCUCUAUGGGGUUGCCAAACACCAUGCCUGGUGAUGCUUAUAGGCCUCCACCAUAUUUGGAAGGCUCUAUGGGGUUGCCAAACAACAUACCGGGUGAUGCUUAUAGGCCAAACCAAUACAUGAAAUGCUCCAACGGCUUGCAAAAAAACAUAUCUGGUGAUGCUAAUCAGCCUCCACCAUACAUGGAAGGCUCUGCACGGUUGCCAAACACCAUACCUGCACCAUAUCAGUUUGCUGAUUCUGUUCCAUCUGCUGCCCUUGCUCAUCCUUCACCCUCCUUGUACUGGAAGAGAUAGUUUUGCAUUGGGCAGGCAUUAUUUCUAACGUAGUUUCCCUUUUGUAGUAUACCCAAUCUAGAAUUGAUCUCGCACGCAUGGUCUUGGAGAAGGUUGUAGUUCAUUAGCUACUAUAAAGCUCUGGUGAAUGUUCGGCCUAGCAUAGUGAUGUCUAAAUUCUACCUGGAAAACUUUCAUUUGUUUGGAAAGAUUUCAAAAAUUACAAUAAUUUUUUAAAGAGUCCAGCAGGUCACAAUGGUUCCUUGGAAAACCCAAGGUCGUAGGUUCAAUUCCUCAAACACGCAUCUUCCUUUUUUCCUAGUGUGACAUUCUUGUAAAUUUUCGCCUGAGAUGAGAUUAAAUGAAGAAACAAGAAUCGUGAGGAUACAUAUGAUGUUUGUUGUUUUGAUGGUCUGUUCAAUUGUUGACUGUGGGCAUGUGCACUUGUAUAUGUUGUUUGUCUCUCUCUCCAUUCUUACGAGUAAGUGUUGGACCUGCAUCUUUUUAUUUGCUCCGUUGAUGUUAUGAAAUGAUAUAGUUCUUGCAUUUAGCUUAAAUGUGUCAAAAUUUUAGAUUUUAGUCUACCCAAGGUUGUAGUUUAUUGCUUGGUGUGAAUUGUUUGAUCUUUGGCCAUCAGCCUUUGAGUCUGACAUGAUUUGCAUAUCUAUUGUCUAGAAGAUAUAUUCUGAAGUUGACCUUCGACUUAUGAAUCAAUCCUUUUGAUUUGGGAUUUGGGGGAUCAAUUUUAAUGUUUGUUUCUAUGUUGCUUAGGUAGGUGGUCGAAUGUGUUAUGUUUCAAUUGCUGUGAUGUAGAACAGCUGAAGGUGGUUGAGUAUGUUAUAUUCAAUUUCUUUUAUUCCUAACUUCGCAUUUUAGUUUAUGGGCUUGCAGAUAUGCAUCAUAUGGAAACCACAUUUACUUGAUUUGUUUUAUUUCUGUGUUGAAGUUUGACUUCAUUUAAGUGUCACCAAAUGUCUGUUUUUAUAUGCAGUUCAGCUGUUACAAUAUUUUUGUUGCUCCUGAAGUCAAAUUUUUUGCUUGUUCAUAAAUGCACCUUUACAUUUCCUUCUGGUUACAGGGGGAGUCUCUGCCUUUGUGAGCUUGCUCACAUUGUAGGUCCUAAGUAGACAACCAACAGUCAUUAUAAUACAAGAUAAGAUGGGCUAAGAUGCAUUGACACAGACGGUGAGAAUUUACUCAAACAGAUCUCAACUUGCUCAGAUUGAAGUUUAGUUGUUUUUUUUUGUUACGGGGGGAGAGAUUGAUGGGCAAACCUUGGCCUGAACACUGAUUGUGAGAAUUUGCAUCUGUUUCCACUGUUUUUUACACAGCAUUUGUGACUUUUGGCUUGAAUGAGAUGUAUAAGAGAGACAACAGAUCAACUAUUAUGUAUGAAUUGAAAUUGGGAUAUCAGCAAUGCCCCAGAUAUAGUCAUAUGAGAAUUUGUAGCAUAUUUCUUUCUUGUAACAUUUAUGUAAAAUCUUACAGCUUCCUAUUGAUCUCCACAAUGCAUUUUGUACUUUUACAA